AUGUACCCCAGCUCCCAGUCGGCCAGACACCCGGCCCAGGCUCUGUCCAUGAGCAGCCAGUACAUCCCGCCUCCGUAUGACUUCUACCAUCACCACGGGGACCCGUCGCCGGCCUGGAGCUCCCUGUACGCCCCGCGGGAGGAGUACGCCUACAGCUACCCGGGUUCGAGCCCCGGCGCCGGGCAGGUGAGCAGCUUCACCCCCGUGGAGCUGAGCGGCACGCCCACCGCCGCCGGAGGGGGGUCGUUCGCCCCCUACAACUUCAUCUCCGGACAGGACCCCUUCAACUGCAGGGGGAGGCCGCAGGAGCCCCUCCGACCCUCCGCUGCAGGAGGGAAGACUCGCACGAAGGACAAGUACAGGGUGGUGUACACUGAUCAGCAGCGUCUGGAGCUGGAGAAGGAGUUUCAGGCCAACCGCUACAUCACCAUGAAGAGAAAGACCGAGCUGUCAAUGGCGCUGGGCCUCUCUGAGAGACAGGUGAAGAUCUGGUUUCAGAACCGACGCGCCAAAGAGAGGAAAAUGACCAGGAAGAAGCUGCAGCAUUCCCAGCAGGCCUCCACCACCACACCCACCCCCCCUGCACUCUGUGGCCCCGCCGACAUCAACAUCACCACCAGCCCCAGCAGCAACAUCCUGUCCGAUGCAAUUUCAGAGGAUUACUAG